ACAAAUUAAAGGAUCGGAUUUGGAAGUGGGCACUGCUCGUACGCUGCGGAUUGUCUUCCUUCCUCUUUCAGGCUCUGCCUCUGGGACUCUGCCCCCAAUUCAAGGAGUAAAACUCCCAGCAAAAUAUUAUAUAAAAAUUCCAGUUUUUUCAUGUUCCUCCAAUAAAGUGGUUAUAAUUUGGUUUCUCAUGGUUAGGCCAUGGCUGCAAAGAAAAUUAUAGCAAUAUGUCAGUCUGGGGGUGACUUUGUCACCAAUAAAGAUGGUUCAUUGUCCUAUAGUGGCGGUGAUGCCUAUGCUAUCGACAUUGAUCAGCAAACCCAGUUAAGUGAUUUCAAGUCUGAAAUAGCGGAAACGUUUAAUUUUAGCUCUGAUAACAUGUCUAUCAAGUACUUCCUCCCAGGAAACAAGAAGACUCUCAUCACUAUCUCCAAAGACAAGGAUUUACAGCGCAUGCUUAAUUUUCUCGGCGACUCUGCCACCGUUGAUGUCUUCAUAAUGUCAGAGGAAGCUGCUGCUCGUAAUGUUUCCAACAUGCCUGCUAGUAGGUCUAGCAGGACAACCGUCUCAGAAGCUGUGGUUCCUAUGGUUGCUCCUGUCAGUGUGGCUGUUGGGGUGACCAAUGCCAUUGACCAAGUUGACAUGGACAUGUCUGUUGAAACUCCUUUAGAGUGUAUGCCCAUUAAUUUUAUUGAUGAGAAGCAUCAUAAAGCUGCACAGCUGUGGGAGAAUACCAUCACUGGGGUUGACCAAAGAUUUAGUAGUUUUAGUGAAUUCCGAGAAGCUUUGCAUAAAUACUCAAUUGCACAUGGGUUUGCUUAUAGGUAUAAGAAAAACGACAGUCAUCGUGUUACUGUCAAAUGCAAAUCUCAAGGCUGUCCCUGGAGGAUAUAUGCAUCAAGACUGUCCACGACCCAGUUGAUUUGCAUCAAGAAAAUGAACACAAAACAUACAUGUGAAGGAGCUGCCGUAAAAGCUGGGUAUCGGGCAACAAGGGGUUGGGUAGGAAGUAUUAUAAAGGAGAAAUUAAAAGUUUCCCCAAACUACAAGCCAAAAGAUAUUGCUGAUGACAUCAGGCGAGAAUAUGGAAUUCAACUUAAUUAUUCUCAGGCAUGGCGUGCAAAAGAGAUUGCCAGGGAACAGCUUCAAGGCUCCUACAAAGAGGCAUAUAAUCUCUUACCUUUUUUCUGUGAGAAGAUAAAGGAGACUAACCCAGGCAGCAUUGCUACCUUUACUACAAAGGAUGACUCAAGCUUCCAUCGUCUAUUUGUUUCAUUUCAUGCCUCAAUAUCUGGUUUUCAACAAGGUUGUCGGCCUCUGAUUUUUCUUGACAACACUACUUUAAAUUCUAAAUACCAAGGAAUAUUGUUGGCUGCAACUGCUGCAGAUGCGGAGGAUGGUGUUUUUCCUUUAGCUUUUGCUGUAGUUGAUGCUGAGAAUGAGGAAAAUUGGACUUGGUUUUUAAAGGAACUGAAAUCUGCGGUUUCUACAUGUAGCCAACUCACAUUUGUUGCUGAUUUUCAGAAUGGUUUAAAGAGGGCACUGGCUGAUGUGUUUGAUAAAUGCUACCACAGCUAUUGUUUACGUCAUCUGGCUGAGAAACUUAACAGAGAUUUGAAGGGGCAGUUUUCUCAUGAGGCAAGACGAUUUAUGAUCAAUGACUUUUACACUGCUGCUCAUGCACCAAGGCUUGAGGGUUUUCAGCGUUCUGCUGAAAAUAUAAAAGGCAUUUCUCCUGAAGCUUACAACUGGGUCAUCCAAAGUGAACCAGAGCACUGGGCAAAUGCAUUUUUUGGAGGAGCUAGGUAUAACCACAUGACAUCAAACUUUGGGCAGCAGUUCUACAGUUGGGUAUCAGAAGCACAUGAAUUGCCUAUAACACAGAUGAUUGAUGUAUUGAGGGGAAAGAUGAUGGAGUCGAUCUACAAGCGUCGUGUAGAUUCCAAUAAAUGGAUGACAAAGUUAACUCCAUGUAAUGAGGAAAAGUUGCAGAAGGAAACUGUAAUGGCAAGGUCACUUCAAGUGUUACUCACACAUGGUAAUAUAUUUGAAGUUCGUGGGGAAUCUGUUGACAUUGUUGAUAUAGAUCAUUGGGACUGCAGCUGCAAGGGCUGGCAACUUACUGGAUUGCCUUGCUGUCAUGCUAUUGCUGUCUUUGAAUGCAUCGGUAGAAGUCCUUGUGAGUAUUGCUCCAGAUACUUCACAACUGAGAGUUUCCGCUUAACGUAUGCCAAGUCCAUUCACCCUGUUCCAAAUGUAGACAGACCAGUUCAGGAUGAAUCACCUGAGGCAGCUGUUACUGUAACUCCUCCUCCAACUAAGCGUCCACCAGGUCGGCCAAAGAUGAAGCAGGCUGAAUCAAUGGACAUUAUUAAACGGCAGCUCCAAUGUAGCAAAUGCAAAGGCCUUGGCCACAACAAGAAAACAUGCAAAGAAUCCUAGUGUAGAUGUUAGGACGCUGCAUCCUUUCCGAUUAUUACGGAUCGUAAGAACUUAAUACUAUGAUUUAGUGAUAAUCUUUCUUGUUGCCAAUCAGUUGCAUAUUUGGAUUUCUUGAGGUGCUUUUACUAGUCGUGUCAUGACCAUCACCAUUCUGACCUGACAAUCCAAUGAGUGAGCACACGCACUAACGAUACGUCAGUCUCCUGGAGCUUCAGUGACUUACCUCAAUUUGCUUUUAUUUGUAAGAUAUGGGAGCAAUGGCUGUCGUCUCUGUUCAUUAAAUUUUGGUGUUGAGGUGACUAAUGGUAGGAGCAGGGUUUAAGUUGAUGUAACAUUCUUUGGUAACGGUUGAAUCAGGUUGUUAUAUGGUAUAGAAUUGCGGGAUAAAAUAUGUUGUAUUUACCCAUAUUGAUUCAUUUAUAACACUUUCCAGCAUCUUUUUCCA